GGGCGCUGACGCAGUUGCGGGAACCUUCCCUCCAUGGCACCUUCCUGUCGGCGAACCCACCCCAGCCAGAGGGGCUCGGCUCUGGAAUCUAAGAUGGAGUCGCUCAGUCGAGCCGGGCAGGAGAUGAGUCUAGCGGCCCUGAAGCAACACGACCCCUACAUCACCAGCAUCGCAGACCUCACGGGCCAGGUCGCUCUGUACACCUUCUGCCCCAAAGCCAACCAGUGGGAGAAGACUGAUAUAGAAGGAACCUUAUUUGUUUAUCGAAGGUCAGCUUCACCUUAUCAUGGUUUUACUAUUGUGAACCGUCUGAAUAUGCACAAUCUAGUGGAACCAGUGAAUAAAGAUUUGGAAUUCCAGCUUCAUGAACCGUUUCUCCUAUAUAGAAAUGCAAGCUUGUCAAUAUACAGUAUCUGGUUUUAUGACAAGAACGACUGUCACCGCAUAGCCAAACUCAUGGCUGAUGUGGUAGAAGAGGAGGCACAACGCUCCCAGCAAGCUGCUAGAGAAAAACAGAGUCCCAACCAAGCCAACGGAUGCAGUGACCAUAGACCCAUUGACAUCUUGGAGAUGCUGAGCCGAGCCAAGGAUGAGUACGAGAGGAAUCAGAUGGUUGACUCAAAUAUCUCCAGCCCUGGAUUACAGCCCGGUACUCAACUCUCUAACCUGGCAAGCACUGAGACUCUAGAAGAGAUGCUGUCGGGGUCACAGGAUAAGUCUGCUCCAUCUGGACAAAAACACUUGACAGUGGAAGAAUUAUUUGGAACCUCUUUGCCAAAGGAACAGCCAACAGUUGUGGGCCUAGAUUCAGAAGACAUGGAAAAGAUGCCAGGAGAAGCCUCCCUGAAAGAGCCCAGCUCAUUCCUGCCAUUCUCCUUUGAGCAACCAGGAGGAGCUUCUCAGUCAGAGAACCUGGGGGUUCAUGCUCCCACCCAUCACCCACUCCAGCCUGAAGUCACCGGCCCGGUGCUAAUUACUCCUGCCUCCAUCACACAGGCCAAUGAAAAGCAGGCCCCAGGUUAUGUGAUCCCGCUGCAGCCUGUGCUCAGUCCCACUCUGCCAACAGAAGCUCCUACUGCACAGGUCCCCCCCAGCUUACCCCGAAACACCACCCUGAUGCAGGCAGUAAAGACCACGCCCAGACAGAGGUCUCCACUCCUGAAUCAGCCAGUCACUGAGCUGAGCCAUACCAGUCUAACUGCCACCCAAAGUCCCUUCAGAACCCCACUGUGCGUGACAAACACAACUGGCACGUCCCUCCCAAGCAUUGAACUUCUCCAGAAACUCAGGUUGACUCCUCAGCAUGACCAAAUACAGACACAGAUACUUGGGAAAAGUACAAUGGCGCCCAGCUUCUCUCCAGCAGCAGGUCAGCUGGCCACUCCUGAGAGCUUCAUAGAGCCCUCCCCUAAGACAGCAACAAGAGCAACAGCCUCGGCCUCUCUGAGCAACAUGGUGCUUGCUCCUCUCCAGUCUAUGCAGCAGAACCAGGAUCCUGAAGGCUUUGCUCAGUCUAAGGUGUUGCCCAGUGCCAUCCCGGUCACAAGCUCCCCACUGGCCACUGUGACGACAACAGGGUCUUCGGUCCUGCUGUCACCAAGUGUUUUCCAGCAGACAGUGACAAGGUCCAUGGACCUCGAGAGAAAAGCAAGCUCCCCUUCUCCUCUGACUGUUGGAACACCAGAAAAUCAGAGAAAGCCUUCCAUCAUCCUCAGCAAGUCUCAGCUCCAGGACACAUUAAUACACCUGAUAAAGAAUGAUUCCAGCUUCCUCAGCACCCUUCAUGAAGUCUACUUGCAAGUUCUGGCCAAGAACCAAGACAAUCCCCAUAACCUAUGACUAGGGGAGAAUGAAUUUGAAGGCAGAAUAUCCACCUCAGAAACAAAUAGGCCUCGUCAUGGGAAA